AUGGAUACUACAACAGCAGAUUCUACCAAUGAUCUCGAUGAUCUUUUUGACUACGAUGUGGGAUUAGACGAGAUAUUGCAAGGAACCGAUAAUACAACAACCAACGCCAACGAUGCCUCGAGACCAGCAGGCGAUCCCUCCUCACUCGGUCUUGGAUUAGACGAGGAGGUCAAGAUCACGAAGAAGCGACAACCAGUGGCCAAAUUGGACGAAUCGCGACUACUCUCCCAAGCAGGAAUUCCCAAAUUACGAAGCUCAGCUAAGACAAAACUUCGACUCAAAGGCAAAGGACACGAGUUUUCCGACGCCGCUCGUCUAUUGAAUUUCUAUCAACUAUGGCUCGACGAUCUAUUCCCCCGAGCAAAGUUCGCAGACGGUCUGGAAAUUAUUGAGAAACUGGGCCACACAAAGCGCAUCCAGACUAUGCGCAAAGAAUGGAUUGAUGAAGAGAAGCGCGAAGCCUUCGGAAAACUCGACAACUCGCACAGAACGUCUACAACGGAAGAUCUGCCAGCUAGGCUGUCCUCAGACCAAAACAAUGCCGACGCAGAGAACGCAGGCAAUUCAAAUAUUUCACCGCCAGUGCCGGGACCAUCAGAAUCCACAGAACAUGAUUUAUUCAUGCCGAACCCUGAGGGUCCAGCCCAGCCAGCUGCUAGUCACCCCGAGCCCGAUGACGAUGAUCUAGAGGAUCUGCUUAGAGAGCAAGACGAUGCCAUGCAGGACACAUCGCACUCAGCAGUGGACGCGCCGAAGACCAUUAUGGAUGAUUUUGAUGACGAAUACGAAGCCAUGAAUGACAUGGGGCUGUAG